AUGCAGUCUGUUCCUCAAAACACUUCCGUUAACAGCAGGCCGCCAUUGCUGAGACGACAAACAACAGAGUAUCCGUCUCCCCAAGAACCGAUUGCAUUUGAACUUGAUUUAAACGGAGUAAUUCCUUUUGUCAGCAAUCCAUAUCCGCUCUUUGGCCUGCCAAAAAAAAGUGUUGUAGGACAAAACAUAAGUUCCGUUUUGCCCUUUGAUGUUCAAGUGUACUUCUCUAGAGCUGUUUCUUCGCUACUCGUAAACGAUUCACACAGUUCCCACAUUCAUUUUCAAGCGUUAGUCCCUCGUUUUGAAUCUUCACCGCUCACAUCUACUUCCAAUGAGCUUGGUCAGUCACCAGAAACUCAGUUACAAAAGCAGUUUACACCCUCUAAGGUCUCCUUCACCUUCAAUGGAAAUAAUGAGCUAGAAUUACAAGAGUUCGAUGCAGUGGGCAUCCUUGUGCGCGAUCGUAAUACUGGUGACCCCAGUCAUACUAUGUGGGUCGUUCGUAAAUCAACACCGUACAACAGUGAUAAUGAUUUUAUCGACAACUCUCUGAAGGAGCUGUUGGGAUUUGGCGCCAAUAUUUUGCAUGAUUAUAUUCAUCGCUUAAAAAACGUCAUGUCACUACAGGAAAACUUAGAGUCACUACCACUUCCGGAACCUGUUUUCUGUCGUAUUUGUGAACGUGACAUCCAGGCUUACUUUUUUGAACUACAUUCUGAACUUUGUUAUGUUGCGAACACAUGCGAAUCUUUUGUACAGGAGGCACAAGAUCAACUUAUCUUCCUUCGAGAAAAGAUAUCAGCUUUAAUCGCAUUUUUGAAAAAUCAUCCAGACGAAACGCCUUAUUACGAUGACCUGCCUCUCAUUUUGUCCCCCUCAAAUUCAUCUUCAAGUUUAUCCAACUUUACCUUUCCCAAGGUGAAGAGUAAAUCCUAUAGCCUUCAACGCUCUAUUGAACUUGCUUUGUCUUAUAUUGAAAUGGCGCUGGACAUUAGUACUCCUGCCGUUAAAGAUUCGGGAACUCUUUCCAGCAUUUGCGACUUACGUACACAGUCACCUGUAUCUGAACAACUGCUUGCUCGAGUUCAAGACUUCACUUAUCCAAAGAACGUUGGUGAAGGCCUUGCAAAAUUGUUCGAAGAUACACAGACUGCCUUACAGUACAAAGUUGAGAGUGUCCUUCGAUUGCGAAAUACUAUCCAAUACUCCGAACGUAUACGACUUGAAGUUGAUCAACAAGUACAGGAGGUUAUUGAUAAUGUAGUCGAAGCAUUCCGUCAGGCAACAGCAGAAACACCAAGCAUGAACUCAGAAGCAUCCAAUACCUUAACGCAGCAUGUAUCAGAGAUCGCCAGUGAGUCGGAGCUAGAAGGGGAUGAGAGUUUGACAUCAAAAGUUGAUAUGGCCUUUAGUCAUCAUAUGGAGUUUCCGUCUGCCACACUGAAGAAAAGUAAAAAAAGCAGUGCUUCUUUAUCAGAAGCCAGAAGAACGCUUGACAGUGAGCUACAGGCCCCGUCUCCUACUACCGUUCCUCGUCCCGAACGUUGGCCCAAGUCACUGAAUUACACUGCGAUGUCAAGGACUACUUCCCAAGCAUCCCAAUGUUCAAAUGAUGCAUCAGAAACUCGUUCCAUCGAUAGCAAGUUUCUAACACCAAUGUCUAGCCCGCAUUUAUCUGCAUCUGAUGUAUCACUUACUUCGACACCCAACAAUGGUCGAUCCUCGCGUUUGUCGCGUGGCAGGCAAAAGUCUUCUCUUGACAUGGGGUUCCGUCUUCCAUCUCCUUCUCCAAGAAUACAAUCUGUUGUUCCGGCUCCCAAGGCUACCGCUCCUUCUAUCAAUGAUUACAUUAUUGUAAAACCAAUAAGCAGAGGCGCAUUUGGUUCCGUUUAUUUAGCACGAAAGAAGGCUACAGGGGAUUAUUUUGCCAUCAAGGUUCUAAAGAAGUCAGACAUGAUUGCAAAGAAUCAAGUCACUAAUGUGAGAGCUGAGCGUGCUAUUCUAAUGGCACAAUGCGAAUCGCCCUUCGUAACUAAGCUCUACUAUACUUUUCAGUCUAAGGAAUACUUGUACCUCGUAAUGGAGUACAUGAACGGUGGUGAUUGUGCUUCUCUAUUAAAAGUGUUUGGUUGUCUUGAGGAAAGUUGGGCUAGACGAUAUAUUGCAGAAGUUGUUUUGUGUUUGGGAGAUUUGCAUGCCCGAAACAUUGUCCAUCGUGACCUAAAGCCAGACAACCUUCUUAUUGAUUCACGUGGUCACUUGAAAUUAACAGACUUUGGUUUAAGUCGUAAAGGUUUAGCCAGGCGUCGCAAACACGUUAGAAAUCCUUCUGACUCGAGUGACUCCAACCAAGCGACAGUGCUUGAACCCGCUGUUUCAGACAGUUUUCAUCUUCGCGACUUUGGUUGUCGUCCAACGGAACCGACGGUCGAUGAAUUUGGUCUUCAAGUCGACAAUUCCGACAUACGUUCUGUUUCGCAAGCAUUUUCUUUGGAACGUAAUUUCUCAAGGACUUUUGACGACGAUGCAUCCAGUAUACACAGCAACCUUAGUUAUACUUCACUCAUUCCUAGACAAAAUACUGGGGGUACGUCUGGUACGAACACUGGCAAUAUGCAACUCUUUGAUCCAAAUGACUCUUCGAGAACGUUUGUUGGAACCCCAGAUUACCUUGCUCCUGAAAUUAUUCUUGGUGAAGAUUAUGGAGGCAUGGGUGAUUGGUGGUCAUUGGGCUGUAUCGCUUUUGAAUUUUUGUUUGGUUAUCCUCCUUUCAAUGCCGAUACGCCGAAUGAGGUUUUCCAGAAUAUAUUAAAUCGUAACAUCAAAUGGCCAAGCAGAGAAAUCAUAGCGCAGGUUCCAGAUGCUGUUGAUCUUAUUAACCGACUUAUAUGUUCUGAUCCCAAGCGGCGUUUGGGUAUUCAUGGAGUACAUGAGGUAAAACUUCAUCCAUUCUUUAAAAAUAUUAAUUGGCGAACACUAUUGUCAGAAACGCCGGACUUUAUCCCGACACUGGACAUUGAAUCGACAGAUUACUUUGACCCCCGUGGUGUAUCUGAUCUGGUAUUCGAUGAUGAUAAGGAAAGUGAUUUUAGUGACAGUGAUUUACGAGAGAAAGUUCAAGACAAAAAUCGCUACUCGUCUACCGUGGCCUCUGCUAUCCCAGAACAUGUAUACGAGCCGACGAAACCUCGAAGACGUAGCAGCUCAAUUGAAACACCGGAAUUUGGUUCUUUUGUUUAUCGAAAUCUAGAUGUAUUAGACAAAGCUAACCGGAAUGUUAUUCAAAAGCUUCGCAGCGAACAUGCCUCCACUGACUCGUCAGGAUCUAUAAAUUCUGAAUCGCUUUCACGUAGAACGAGCAAAAGCACAAACCGGCGUGUUUCACAAACAAGCUCUCCUUUAUUAAAUAUAAACCACAGUCGCGGCCCAUCGGGUUUAUCAGCUUCACACUCCGCGGAAACGUCCAUAUCCUCACCCAUUUCACGUAUUCAUUCAAACGAUGCAGAAACGGAGCUUUCAAAGGCAAUUACCAACUUUCACCUUGAGAAUGACACGAGGAAUGGUAAUGCUCGGGCUUCAGUCUCUUCCACCUCAACAAAUGCACAAGAAAUGUUUCCCAUUGAAUACCAAAGACCUGUAACGAACCCAACAAUGCUUGACCCCGAUUGGUAUUCCGCUGAGUUUGCUGAAAAUCGAUCUUCGUUCGUUCGUUUGUUGAAACGAAGAAGAAAUAGUAUAAGGCCAAAUGCAGAUAACAUUGAUUCACCCAUUACGGAUUUGAAUAUUGUUCUCUGCAAAUCCAAUCCUGACCUUUUGAAUUGCCUUCAGCAAUUGCUUUCAAGCACCCAGUCGAGACUAACAGUAUUGGAGGAUAACAUUAGCAUUGUCCAGCGUUUGAGUGGAAAGCGGAGCUAUGAUAUCGCCUUUCUUGAUGUGAAUUCGUGCCAUUUAACAGGUUGUGAAGCGGCAAAGCUGAUUCGUUCUGGACACAAUAAGAACGCUACCAUUCCAAUUGUUAUCGUAUGUAACAUGGUUUCGGAAAUCAAGUCGUUUGAGCUAUUGGAUGGAUGUCUUCAGAAACCUGUGACCAUUGAAUGUGUCGAUAUGCAGUUACGGCACCUCUGUGGUUGGAAGCAGCCAAUGUCCUCGUCGUUACUGGUUCACAAUGGGAGACUUUCCAUGGAGUCUGUAUAA